CGCGGCGACCCGACCGACCGCACCGCACCGCACCAUGCGCACAAACGCGGCCUCGCGAGUGACCAAUACACGCAAAUACUUAGUGAAGUGACUUACCAACCAGGAUUAUACUAACCCAACAAAACAAACAUCACAAACGAAUAUAAACAAAGAUGGCGACGUCGGGAGGGAAACGCCGCGAUGAAGGCAGCGACAACUCCGACGACGAGCUCACGCCACUUGCCAAUGAGAUCUAUGGAGGAAGUACGAGAACAGUGCAAGAAACAAAAGGAUGGGACGUGUUCCGAGAGUUCCCACCGAAGCAGGACAGCGUGUCUAUGGAGACGCAGAAAUGGCUGGAGUGCACAGUCCGGUUCAUGAAGGUGCUGGCCUACCUAAUUACCUUCAUAGUGGUGUUGGGCUCCGGCGUCAUCGCCAAGGGCACAGUCCUCUUCAUGACUUCGCAGCUCCGUAAGGACAGGAGACUAGCUUAUUGUAAUAGAAAUUUAGGUAGGGAUAAACAAUUUCUAGUGAGUUUACCAGACGAAGAGCGUGUAGCAUGGAUGUGGGCGGUAUUAGCAUCAUUCGCGAUUCCAGAAAUGGGAACACUCAUUCGUUCACUUAGAAUAUGUUUCUUCAAGUCUUCGAAGAGGCCGUCGUUUACACAGUUCGUGGUGGUGUUUAUAGCAGAAUCUCUUCAUACUAUAGGAAUGGCUCUUCUAUUUUUCGUGAUCCUACCAGAACUAGAUGUAGUUAAAGGAGCUAUGAUUACCAACUGCCUGUGCAUAGUGCCCGCUAUACUUGGACUACUGUCACGAAACUCGAGGGAUAACAAAAGAUUCAUGAAAGUCAUCGUGGACAUGGUGGCGAUAGCGGCACAAGUCACGGGAUUCAUCGUGUGGCCACUCUCGGAAGAUAAACCUGUCUUAUGGUUGAUUCCGAUAGCGUCGUUGUGUAUAUCGCUCGGUUGGUGGGAGAACUACGUGACACGUCAAAGUCCCAUAGGAAUAAUCAAAAGUUUAGGACGUCUUAAGGAUGAAUUAAAUGCUUCAAGAUAUUACACAUAUCGAUUUAUGUCAAUUUGGAAGAUAGUUCUUUUCAUGAUGUGCAUUCUCUUCAGUAUAUGGAUGGAGGGUGAUGAACCUUCGAUGUUUUUCGACAUGUUUAACACAGGAUUUGGCCCACACAAUAUUGUCGUUGAAGAAGUCCAAAUUAGCCUUGGUGGAACAAUAAUACCGGAUUUAGCUAAUGCUACCCUCACGGGAGAUUCUGUAGAAGUAGCUGCGGUUUACAAAUCAGCAUUCUAUGUCAUGCUAAUACAGAUAUUUGCAGCAUAUUUCUGCUACAUUUUCGGAAAGUUCGCUUGCAAGAUUCUUAUUCAAGGCUUCAGCUACGCUUUUCCUAUUAAUUUGGUCAUUCCGUUAGUGGUUAAUUUCUUGAUUGCCGCGUGUGGUCUACGGAAAGGUGAUACUUGUUUCUUCCAUGGAACAGUGCCAGAUUAUCUGUUCUUUGAGAGCCCGCCAGUUUUCACUCUAAGUGAUUUCAUAACUCGACAAAUGGCAUGGGUGUGGCUUCUAUGGCUUUUGUCACAAACUUGGAUUACUAUACAUAUAUGGACACCGAAAGCCGAACGUCUAGCGUCCACUGAAAAGUUAUUUGUAAUACCGAUGUACAACGGAUUGCUUAUAGAUCAAAGUAUGGCACUGAAUCGUAAAAGAGAUGACCAGAAAGAUGUAAAGACUGAGGAUCUUGCGGAAAUAGAAAAAGAGAAGGGCGAUGAAUAUUACGAGACCAUUUCAGUUCAUACAGAUAAUACAGGAUCUUCACCCAAGACAGUCAAAUCGUCGGAUCAAAUUACUAGAAUAUACGCGUGCGCUACUAUGUGGCACGAAACUAAAGACGAGAUGAUGGAGUUCUUGAAAUCUAUUCUGCGGUUAGACGAAGAUCAAUGCGCUCGACGAGUCGCUCAAAAGUAUUUGCGUGUUGUCGAUCCCGACUACUAUGAAUUUGAAACUCAUAUUUUCUUGGACGACGCUUUCGAAAUAUCAGAUCACAGUGACGACGAUUCUCAAGUGAAUCGUUUCGUUAAACUCCUAGUCGAUACUUUAGAUGAAGCAGCCUCUGAAGUUCACCAAACGAUUAUUCGCAUACGAGCGCCGAAGAAAUACCCCGCACCCUACGGAGGACGAUUGUCAUGGGUUUUGCCGGGCAAAACCAAGAUGAUUUGCCAUUUGAAAGACAAAGCAAAGAUUCGUCACAGGAAACGUUGGUCUCAGGUCAUGUACAUGUACUACUUACUCGGUCACCGUCUAAUGGAGCUCCCGAUAUCUGUGGACAGAAAAGAAGUGAUGGCCGAGAAUACGUAUUUGUUGACACUUGAUGGAGAUAUUGAUUUCCAACCGCAUGCUGUACGUUUGCUUAUCGACUUGAUGAAAAAGAAUAAGAACCUUGGCGCUGCUUGCGGUCGUAUUCAUCCUGUUGGAUCAGGUCCCAUGGUGUGGUAUCAAUUGUUCGAAUACGCUAUUGGCCAUUGGCUGCAAAAGGCGACUGAACACAUGAUUGGCUGUGUACUCUGUAGCCCGGGAUGUUUCUCACUGUUUAGAGGAAAAGCUCUUAUGGACGAUAACGUAAUGAAAAAGUAUACACUGCGUUCUGAUGAGGCACGGCAUUACGUACAAUACGAUCAAGGUGAAGAUCGUUGGUUAUGCACGCUUUUACUACAGAGAGGCUAUCGUGUAGAAUAUUCAGCUGCUUCUGAUGCUUACACUCACUGUCCCGAAGGCUUUAGUGAAUUCUACAACCAACGUCGACGGUGGGUGCCAUCCACUAUCGCUAACAUUAUGGACUUGCUAAUGGACUACAAACACACGAUUAAAAUAAACGAUAAUAUUUCUUCGCCAUACAUUGCAUACCAGAUGAUGUUGAUGGGUGGUACUAUUUUGGGACCCGGAACUAUAUUUCUUAUGUUGGUGGGGGCUUUCGUGGCUGCAUUCAGAAUCGACAAUUGGACUUCCUUCGAGUAUAAUUUGUAUCCCAUUAUGACCUUCAUGUUUGUAUGUUUCACGAUGAAAUCCGAAAUUCAGUUACUGGUAGCACAGAUACUUUCGACAGCCUACGCUAUGAUAAUGAUGGCUGUAAUCGUCGGUACUGCUCUUCAGUUAGGCGAGGACGGCAUAGGUUCUCCCUCAGCUAUUUUCUUGAUAGCUCUUUCUAGUUCAUUCUUUAUAGCUGCUUGUUUGCACCCUCAAGAAUUUUGGUGUAUCGUGCCUGGUAUCAUAUAUUUAUUAUCUAUUCCAUCUAUGUACUUGCUAUUGAUAUUGUACUCCAUUAUAAACUUGAACGUUGUAUCGUGGGGUACUCGUGAAGUACAGGUGAAAAAGACUAAAAAGGAAAUAGAAGAAGAAAAAAAAGCAGCGGAGGAAGCAAAGAAAACAGCAAAACAGAAAUCUUUGUUAGGAUUCUUGUCGGGCGUGAACAACAAUGAAGAGGAAGGUUCUAUUGAAUUUUCGUUUGCUGGUCUCUUCAAAUGUCUAUUGUGCACACAUCCCAAAGGCAAUGAAGAAAAAGUACAAUUGCUUCAUAUUGCAUCAACAUUAGAGAAGUUGGAAAAGAAAUUGGAUGUCGUUGAAAGGUCUGUAGAUCCUCAUGGUUUAAAUAGAGGCCGGAAAUUGUCUGUAGGACACCGGGGUAGCACUAACGGUGACCAUGCGUUGAACCCAUUGACUGAAGGACCAGAAGACGAAAAUGAUUCCGAUUCAGAAACUGACACCCUCUCCACUUCACCACGGGAGCAGAGAGAUGAUCUUAUCAAUCCGUACUGGAUAGAGGACCCCGAACUUAAAAAGGGAGAAGUUGACUUUUUGAGCCCGUCUGAAUUAUCAUUUUGGAAGGAACUGAUUGAUAAGUAUUUAUAUCCCAUCGACGCAAAUAAAGAGGAACAGGCCCGUAUAUCCAGGGAUCUCAAAGAAUUACGGGAUUCUUCUGUUUUUUCAUUCUUUAUGGUCAAUGCUCUGUUUGUGCUCAUUGUAUUCUUGCUACAACUGAACAAGGACAACAUUCACAUUAAAUGGCCGUUCGGAGUUAAAACUAACAUAACUUAUGACGAGGUUACGCAAGAGGUACUGAUUUCGAAAGAAUAUCUACAAUUGGAACCGAUCGGUUUGGUCUUUGUGUUCUUCUUUGCCUUGAUCUUGGUUAUCCAGUUCACGGCUAUGUUGUUCCAUAGAUUCGGAACACUAUCGCAUAUAUUGGCAUCGACAGAAUUGAAUUGGUUCUUUACAAAGAAGUCGGAAGACUUAUCUCAAGAUGCUCUACUGGACAAGAAUGCAAUAGCAAUAGUCAAAGACUUGCAAAAGCUAAAUGGUUUAGAUGAUGAUUAUGAUAAUGAUUCUGGGUCGGGACCGCACAAUGUCGGAAGGCGGAAAACAAUUCAUAACUUAGAGAAAGCGAGACAGAAAAAGCGUAACAUCGGAACAUUGGAUGUAGCUUUCAAAAAGAGGUUCUUUAACAUGAAUGCGAAUGAAGGACCAGGUACACCAGUCCUCAACAGGAAGAUGACAUUACGAAGGGAAACAUUGAAAGCUUUAGAAACGAGAAGAAAUUCCGUUAUGGCAGAAAGGAGGAAAUCACAAAUGCAGACUCUCGGAGCCAACAACGAAUAUGGCGUUACAGGAAUGCUGAACAAUAAUUUAGGCGUGCCACGGCAUCGAACAUCCACGGCCAAUAUUUCUGUAAAGGACGUGUUUGCCGACCCCAUCGGGGGUCAAGUUAAUCGAGGAUACGAAACAUCACUGGGCGACGACGAAGACACGAACUCUAUGCGACUCCAGCCGAGGCAAAACCAAGUCACCUUCCAGAGAUAUCAAUGAGCUCCACACUAGCACUCCCUAUGAGCUGCCAAAGUACUCUAAAGUACAUAGACUAAAAACUGUAGAUACUCAUUUUAUAUAUUUAGUUAGUAUUCUGAAUUAUGAAAACUGAAUUUAUUUACGAAACAUCAUAUUUGCUUGUGAUAUUUUUUAGAUAUUUUACCAUCCCAAGUGGAUUUUACUAUGUUUUGACAACGAUGAUGAUGAUGUGAAAUUAUUAAGUACCAUUUUAGUUAAUAUUCAGCUUUAUUUAUAGGAAAUAAGAUCUUAAUUGUACACUGCCACUAAACAUUAGACAUAGAACAUUUUGUAUUUUUUUUAUUACAAUAAACUGUAAUACAGGUUCUCCAAUCGAAUCAAGUCUUAUUUUAAAUAAAUGAAAAUUUAUAAAUGUUAAAGAGCUUUUCGUUUUUCAAUUUAACAAGUGAGUAUCGAGUGAGUUUAUACAACGCCGUUAUCUUUUGCAUAUGCUUAAUUUAUUUAAUAAAAGACUUACUUAGUUUUCUAAGAAGGAGACAAAAUCUGUUAGCUUGAAUAGUUGGUCUUCACUUGAGGUAUGGAGUGGCGCGGGUUGCGUGGGUGGUACAGGGUUGACAGUAACUCCAUCGUCUUUUAUCGCCCACUUGCGAUCGCGGCAGGCGUGCAGCACAGCCUCGCGGCUCAGACCGGUCAUGGAAACUACCGUGUCCAAUGAUAUGGAGCUGUAUGAACUUCCAAUUAAAUUGAAGGCCCUCUCUCGUACUUUUUCUGGAAAUCAAUGAAACAAUAGGUUGAGCAGUGCCACAACACGAAAAUGAUAGGACAUCUGUAGUGAUUUCGGUAUCAGAAUUUUCCAAGAUGAAUGUAUUUAUGGCCUUUCUACACUUUGGCAUUAUAAGAAAAAGCCAAUUGAGUGCGAGUUCGAUUCGGACAUGGAGGAUAGGUAAACGGGGUAAAGUAAACGAAAUUCUAUUUAUUUCGUCAGUUAGAUUAACAAAAAUAAUGGACACUUUUUUUUGUCAAUUAACCAAAAAUCACAAAUAUAAAGCGCUUCAAAGUUUAGGAGUGCGGGCUCAUGACGUCACUUCUAAGUCAAAUUGUACCAAGACGUGACGUCAUGCGACAUUUCAAAUCAAUAUAUAUAUCUAAUGUUUAGAUUAUUAUUUAUAAAAUACAUCAUCGUAUAUACCAAGAUGUAAUGUAGUCUGCACCUAUGUUAACUAGAAAAAAAAGUGGCGAACUUAGUUUAGUUAUUUCUGUCAGAGACUUAGGGGUAUUUACUUAUUUGUCAAAUUGAAAAAAACAUUAAUUAGGUCCACUUGCAGCAAAAUUGCUAGAUAUCGGUUCAACUAAACUAGCUGUUAUAAUAGCUCACACAAUAAUGUCAAAUUGACAUUGAUAUUUUUCUAUGGCAUAGAUCUAGUGUUAGUUGUAUCGAGAUUAGCGAAUUUCCUACAAGUGUGCCUAAGAUUUUUAAGAAACAAAUCUGCUUCUAGAAUAUAUAAAUUUCGAGGAUUUAAUAUAAUAUCAGUGAGUGACCUACUCUAAACACCUUACAAAAGAUUGCAGCAUCAAAAUACUAAAAUGUAGCGAUAGGGUACUGAUUAUAAUGAUAAAUGCACAAGAAUUAAAUAUUACGUUGCAAGUGUCUAUGUCCCCAGGGUAUUGACUUUGGUGGUCUCAUACUAUUAGUGACUGUUUGCAAAUAUUUUAUUAUAUGCCAAAUAUGGUAAAAAUGAUACAAAUUGGAAUACUUAGAAAUAUAAUUAUGUAUUUUGACAAAGUAUGUUAUGAAAAAUUUUUUUUUUUUGAUAAAUUCUUUAUAGUACAUUCAAGUCGGACAGAAAAAAUAAGAGUAAAGGUACAUAAAUUUACAUCAAGCUGGAAGUAAGUAAAAUGGUUCAAAACAUAAUUAAAAAUAACAUUUCAAAAUUCCCCAUCGUUUUGGUACUUGGAAAAAAAUUUACUCUUGGUCAAAUGUAAAUAAAGUGGGGUUUUCGUGAUUUUCAUCAAAACUGUAAGUUAUAUCGUCAAAUUACCUCAGACAAAAAUUGUAGAUCAUAAAAUUAUCUAUAAAAAGGUAUCAAUAUUUUUUUUCCUAAGAGCCACCGUUCCUGAGAUACAUAUAACGAUUUACGAAGUUCUAAGCGUCAUAAUAUGAAUUAGUACGUCACCUACAUACAUCUCUGUAGCUGUAAUAUAAGUAAAGAUAUUUUUCUAUCGGUGAUUGUGACUUACAUUUAAAAUAUAAAAUAUACAUAAGUAUAAGUAUGUGAAUAUCAGGUAAAAUGAAACCCAGUACUUUAAUUUAUACACCAGUGUAACCUUGAGGCAACAUCUGUCUCUCUGUUCAAUUGUGUGCGUGCUUAGGCACGUAUACCACAGUUGCUGCUCAUCAACAUCUUUUUCGGGUACAUUACCAAAAAGUAAAGUGUGGCUUGGUUAUCAGCUAGGCCCAAAAGACGGGAUGGAAAUUAAUCGACAAUAUAUUAGAACCAAUUCAGACUUUACUCCUACCUGCGCCGAAAAAUCUGCUAAAAACAAUUUUUUGCAACUGUAAAAAGAGAUGCAGUGCUAAAUGUGGUUGCAAAAAAGUUUUGUUCUCUGGCAUGUCCGAAUUGUCUAGGCCAGUCGUGUUUAAAUGUUGAAUCACAAAUAGUAGAAGAUUCGUAGAUCAAGAAGAAGUAAGAGCUGCUAAACCCUCCGAGUAACGGUCUGUCUGUAAGGCUAGAAAUUCUUAUGGUGAUGAGUCAUAGCAUGCUUAGUACGGUAAGCAUCGCCUGGCACUCUUCAGACCUGCACGUCAUGAAGCCGAUUAUUUUUGAAGGUGUCAAAAAAAUAUUAAAAAAAAAACUUGUUGCUAUAAACUUGAAUUUUUUAUACAAAAAAAAAUGCCAGGCGUUUACGAUGAGCACAAGUAUCCGCCGGGCGAACCGGAAGGUGUGUAAUAUAUACAUAAACUUUAUUCUGUAAUGUUGAAAUUUAUAUAUGUUUGUUUAAGCGAUUUAAAGUAAGUUAGUAUAAUAUUAGUAUUAUUAUUAUUUGAUUAAAAUUUUGACUUAAUAAAAAAAACUGAAUUAUAUACACAACAAGUAAUGUGAAAAUACAUAAAAUAAGAUAAAAUUAAAACAAAUAAAUAAAAAGGUUUAUUUAUACCUUCUAAAGCUCUAAUGAUGUUUG